CACUUGCUGUCAAAACAGAGAAAAGUCGGAAAAACUUCUUCCAACGCCAAUCUAAAAGUGUUUAUUGAUUUCACGAAAAUAUCUUCAAAUUUCCUUUAUUUUCUGAAUUUAAUCAUUAAAAUUUACCGAAUUGUGAGUGAUCACGGCGCGGUGACCCUGUCGUCAUGAGUGGCAAUCGUGGAAAUUUCAGUUUUUCGAUGCGCCGUCAAGGGCUGCUGUCGGGAUCAUUUCGUCCGGCCGGGCAACAACAAGCGCAGCAGCAAAAAAGUUUCUCGCUGAAUGCCGUUCCGCCGCCCAGUUCCCUGACCGGUCGCGGACACGGAUAUGCUCCGCCCAGAUUCCACCCCCAACAUCAGCAGCAGCAACAGGCAACCAGUGGUGUCUCGAAACAUGGCUAUCACACCAUGGAUGCGAUCGCGGCCUACGCCAAUCCGGCCUCGCAGUAUUCCCUUGGCAAAAGACGUGGAAAGACCGAGGAUGAUUAUUUUGACGAUGACGACGAGACGGGACAGCAGCUGGACUACAUCCCGGCCCCGGGUUCUCCCUCUGCUAGCGGAACACAAGCCAAAUCGGAUGACGAAGAGGACGAGGACGACCCACUGGAUGCCUUCAUGGCCGGCAUCAAUGCCCAGGUGGAGCGCGAGAAGAAGAAAAUCCCCCAGCCGAACGUGGACCCCAAAAAGGGCACCCGCGGGGACAUCGACGACGUGGAUGACGAGGAGAGUUACUACCGUUACAUGGAAGAAAACCCCACCGCCGGUUUGCAGGAUGGCGAUGGAUCGGAUGCGGAACUUGAGUAUGACGAGGAUGGUAAUCCCAUUCCGCCGCCCAAGAAGCGAGAAAUCGAUCCGCUUCCUCCGAUAGAUCAUUCGGAAAUCGACUACGAUAAGUUUGAGAAAAACUUCUAUAAUCCACACGAGGACAUUGCCAACCUGAGUGCGACCAAGACCAAUGAAUUGCGUAACAAGUUGGGAGUCCGGGUCAGUGGUCCUGCUCCGCCCGCUCCGGUGACCAGCUUUGCCCACUUUGGAUUUGACGAACAGUUGAUGAAAGCUAUCCGUAAGUCGGAAUACACCCAACCGACGCCGAUCCAGGCUCAAGCCGUACCAGCUGCCCUGAGUGGCCGCGAUAUAAUCGGUAUUGCCAAAACCGGAAGUGGUAAAACGGCAGCCUUUUUGUGGCCAAUGUUGGUUCACAUAAUGGACCAAAAGGAGCUGGGUCCUGGCGAUGGACCUAUCGGGUUGAUCUUGGCACCUACGCGUGAGUUGUCGUUGCAAAUCUACCAGGAAGCCAAGAAGUUCGGCAAGAUCUACAACAUUAGCGUGUGUUGCUGCUAUGGAGGAGGAUCCAAGUGGGAGCAGAGCAAAGCCCUGGAAAUGGGGGCUGAGAUUGUGGUGGCCACUCCGGGUCGAAUGAUCGACAUGGUAAAGAUGAAGGCCACCAACUUGCAACGUGUGACCUACUUGGUGCUGGACGAAGCCGACCGGAUGUUCAAUCUGGGCUUUGAACCGCAGGUUCGUUCCAUCUGCAAUCAUGUCCGCCCGGAUCGCCAGACAAUGCUUUUCAGUGCUACGUUCAAGAAACGUAUCGAAAGGUUGGCCCGCGAUGUGCUGACCGAUCCGGUGCGAAUCAUCCACGGAGACUUGGGUGAAGCCAACGAGGAUAUUACUCAGCAUGUGAUUGUCAUGAAAGAUCCGACCCAGAAGUGGAACUGGCUGCUGGCGAAGAUGGUGGAGCUUCUGUCCGAGGGAACGGUGUUGAUCUUUGUUACCAAGAAAGCAGAUGCCGAACAGGUCGCCAAUAACCUGCGCCUGAAAGAGUACGAUCCGGUGCUGUUGCAUGGUGACAUGGACCAAGCUGAUCGUAACGUGGUCAUCACUCGGUUCCGAAAGCGUGAUGUGGAAAUUAUGGUGGCCACCGAUGUGGCCGCCCGUGGUCUCGAUAUUCCCCACAUCAAAAACGUGGUCAACUAUGACAUCGCCCGGGACAUUGACACCCACACCCAUCGCGUCGGAAGAACUGGCCGUGCCGGUGAAAAGGGUACCGCUUACACUUUGGUGGUGGACAAGGAUAAGGAAUUUGCCGGACACUUGGUACGAAAUCUGGAGGGUGCGAAUCAGGAAGUUCCCGAUGAGCUGAUGAAGCUGGCGAUGCAGAGCUCGUGGUUCAGGAAUUCGCGCUUCAAGAACAAUAAUAAGGGCAAGAACCUGAACGUAGGUGGUGCAGGGUUGGGCUUCCGUUGUCGGCCGGUUCCCAGUGGUCCAUUGAAGCCUUCGGAUGGGCCGUCAUCUUCUUCGUCAUCGGCUGGCGGAAGUGGCUGGAAGGGACCCGUUACGGAUCGUCUUACAGCUAUGCGCGACACAUUCAAGGCCCAAUAUAAUGCACAAUUCAAAGCAUCCUCCGAUAGGACCUGGGAAAAUACUCUUCCCGAAGGAGGGGUCUUUGCGAAGCCUAACAUGUCGGGUUUCGUUCCCGCGUCCUCCAGCAGUGAAGCAAAUGAUGAAGAACCCCAAAGAGAGUAUUCGCAAGACGGAGAAGAAGAACGGCCUCGUAAGAAGAAAAGUAGAUGGAAUUAAUUUGCAUGAGAAAUACCCGAAAAAUGCUUAAGGUUGUACGCGAUCGUGUCGUUGUGUGGUUUCUGUGUUUAGGUAUGCUCCAUGGCAGUUCUAUAUGUGUCAAUUGUAGAUGGCCGAUAUUCCCCGAAAUUGAGCAAGAGUGUGGAAGGAUAGUUUAAAUUUCUGCGAUUACUCCGCAUUAUGAGCAAAAUAAAGUCUUCAUUACUAUUUCUGUCCGAAA